AUGGAACCCGCCAUUCAUUCUGAGAACGCAUUUCAUGAUGCCGACAACAUCAACUCCGGCGUCAUCGACCCGAUGGUGGACGAAGCGUACCCUCCCCUGUCCAUUGCUGUCGACCCUAUUUGCGAAGGAGGUGUAGAAUAUAGUGAAGCUGUCGACCCUACUUACGACGGAGUCAGGUUUCGUUGUAGCAGUAGAAUCGGCUCAAGCCCAAUUAUGAGGAUAAUCAACUGGUGUUUGAAGAAGUUCCGUUACUACGUUGUUUUCUCAAAGGAAGCCAUGUUUAUAUUUGGCCUCAUAUUUGUUCACAGUUUCGUAGAGAUCGCGCUGGUAAAUAUAUUGAUCACCCAUCUCCAAGAUGAAUGGGAAUGGGGCGUACCAAAAUCGGCUAUAGCCGUCAAUUUACAGGAAGGAACCUCGGAAGUUCUGCAAAUUUUAUUUGCUUUUGCAUCGGAUGCCUAUCUGGGCCGCUUCAAAAUGGUGGUUUACUCCACCAUAUCUUACAUCAUUGGAUUAGUGCUGUUCUGGAAUGCAGCCCCGCAUACAAAUACAGAGAUUCGAACUUUUUACUUAGGACUGGUGCUAAUAAGUAUUGCAAAAGCAGCAAAAGAGGUAUCAUUGAAAGCAUUUCUUGAUGAUCAAUUCAUGGCGAAGGAUAUCCCAGCCACAGAAGAGGAUGAAGAACGACAACAUAGCCGUAGCAAUGUCUGGUGGCGCUCUGCAUCCAUCUUGGGUGCUCUUGCCGCUGUUUUUGUCCCGAUUAGUUCAUUGAAGCUGCUUUCUAUGAUCUCAGCAAUUGCAAUGGUGGUUGCAUACUUGUGGUUCUGGUUAGGUGCAAAAUUUUACGAAUGCAAUAGACCAACAGGCAGCGCCAUCUCUGAUGUUCUAUUUGUUAUCAAAACAGCAGUACUAAAAAGAAAUCUUCUCUAUGCAACUAUUCCAGAGCAUCUCUUCAACAAUUAUAAAGGUGUUACACAUAUUGAGCCUCGUAUUUCAUGGUUGAGGUGGUUAGACAAAGCUCCCAUUGUGAUUGAAGAGAAAAAUAGGCCUGACAAGCCUUGCUCCGUUGCACAAGUGAAGGAAGUGAAAUUUUUAUUAGGGAUGGUUCCUAUGUGGAUAACGUUCCUUGCAUACAGUCUGGUUGAUGCAACAGGGAGCACCAUCUUUCUCGAACAAGCUAGCAACAUAAAUGACAAUUUCCCUAUUGCUGUUUUCAAAAUAUUAGUAAUAGUCACAAGCAUUGUAAUUGAAUGUCUAUGUGACCUUCUAUUUAGUGAAAUGAAUGGACAACUCAUAAUGCAGGGGAGAAUUGGUAUUGGAAUGACAUUUUCUGUCAUUUGUUGCAUAUUUGCUUGGAAAAAUGCAGUUCACUGGCUGUAUUUGGUCAAGAGAUACACCCAUCCAAGUAAACAUAUGGAUAUUUAUAGCCUAACUCCACAAUUUAUCUUCUUGGGAAUUAUGAAAGGACUUUCAGAAGGUGGGCUUCAAAGUUUCUUCCGUUCCCAGGUUUCUGAAUCCCUAAGGAACUACGAACCACUGUUUGGAGAAUGUGUGAUAGGCAUCGGAAAGUUUCUGAGUAUACUCUUUAUCCUCAUUUUCAGUAGCUGGUUUGGGAAGGAUAUAGAUUCAAGUCGUUUGGACAAUUAUUAUGCGAUGCUGACACUACUAAGUUUUGUCAACUUUCUAAUCUACUGGUUGGUUGCGUAUUGGUAUGGAGAUGAUCAAUUUUCACCUGAACCACUCAUAGAAGGUGCACAAGACAGAACGCAUAUGGAGACCAAUAACCUUCAAAAUAUUAGUGCUUCAACAGGGAUAACACGAUCCUUAUCUGAAAAGACGCCCAAUAACCGCCCAAAUUUCAGUGUUUCCAGGAGGAGAAUGCGGUCCUUCCCCGGUCCUGCUUCCCCUAGAACUCCGAACAGACUGGAUGAUGCACACGUGCAGGAAAGAGAAGAAUUACUCCAUGUAUAA